AACUCAGCGGACGUAAACGUGAAAGUUACGUUGUAUAGUUGUCUGAGAGACGAGAUGAUAGUCGGUUGACUGUUUUUUGUGUACGCGUAUUGAUUAUCGCGGAAUCCGAAAGAAAUUAAUUUACGGAGACUUUACUUAAACAAUAGUGGAAUUUGUGUUUGUGUUAUCAGCUACAACACCUAUUAGCUCUUUGCUGGAAUUGGAUUGUGGAAAAGACCAUUAGGCUCUACGAGGAAUCAACACAAUGGCUUUCGCGGGUCUUAAGAAGCAAAUUAACAAAGCAAAUCAAUAUGUCACAGAGAAAAUGGGAGGUGCCGAAGGCACGAAAUUGGAUUUGGACUUCGUGGAAAUGGAAAGAAAAACAGACGUAACGUGCGAGCUAGUGGAAGAGCUACAAAUCAAAACAAAAGAGUUCCUCCAGCCAAAUCCGACAGCGCGAGCGAAGAUGGCUGCCGUGAAGGGGAUCAGCAAACUGAGCGGGCAGGCGAAGAGCAAUACCUACCCUCAACCAGAGGGCGUGCUGGGUGACUGUAUGCUGCACUACGGGAAGAAACUUGGGGAGGACACUGUGUUCUCCCAAUGUCUCAUCGAAAUGGGUGAGGCCAUGAAAAAUAUGGCGGACGUGAAGUAUUCCCUCGACGACAACAUCAAACAAAGCUUCCUCGAACCACUGCAUCACCUGCAAACCAAAGACCUCAAAGAAGUUAUGCACCACCGAAAGAAACUACAGGGCCGUAGAUUGGACUUCGACUGCAAACGACGUCGCCAAGCAAAAGGCCAUGGUAAGGUGAGCCCUUACAUGAGCCCCAGUCACGGCAAUACUCCAAGACAGGAUGAUGAGAUACGGCAGGCGGAAGAUAAGUUCGCCGAGUCUCUGACGCUCGCGCAGAUUGGCAUGUUCAACCUUCUCGACAAUGACGUGGAGCAAGUGGCGCAGCUCACAUUCUUCGCGGAGGGACUACUGGAGUAUCACCAGCAAUGUACGGAGAUCCUGCAAGGGCUCGUAUCGACGCUUAUGGAGAAGAAAGAGGAGGCCGUGAACCGUCCCAAGAUGGAGUUCGUGCCCAAGACCCUCGCCGACCUCCACAUCGAGGGUAUCCACGACCUGAACAAUGGUAGGCGGUACGGUUCCACCCAAAGCCUCUCCCGGCCCCGCCAGCACAUCCCCCCCUCCUCCUCCGUCGGCGACCUCAGCACCAGCGACCCCUUCAAAGCCUGGGAAAUGCCCACCCCACCCAAACCCCGCCCUAACCCCACGGCGUAUCAGUUCAAACCCCACCCGGCGCCAAGAAAUCAGUUUAACGGCAGAGACCCAUGGAAAGCGUCGCCGCUGCCGUCGCCGGUUAAGUCGCCCGCGCGGACGCCGGUGGCGCCCGCCAAGGGCCCGUGCUGCACCGCGCUCUACGACUUCGAGCCUGAGAACCAGGGCGAGCUUGGAUUCAAGGAAAACGAUGUGAUCACACUGAUCAACAAAGUGGACGACAACUGGUUCGAGGGCUCCGUCAACGGCAAGACGGGCUACUUCCCCAUCAGCUACGUUCAGGUCACCGUGCCGCUGCCCAACAUGUAAGCCCAGUCCUGGCCGCACCAUCUUACCGAGAAAGGUAUCGAAAACUCAGAACGACGAAUAUGACGAAUAUGAUUGUAACAAUAGACAAACGCCUCGGACGCAGCGAAGCUUCCAUGCAUUAGUCCAGCGGUUGGCAACCUUUUAGCAGCCAAGGGCCACAUAGUAGUUAACAGAGGUGACGCGGGCCGUACUUUGUUAAUAUUUAUGACUUUAUGAGACACUGUUGUUUGUCACUAUUACAUACAAAAUAGGCAAGGCGGCUCUCGGGCCGCAAGUGACAGGUUCACGAGCCGCAUGCGGCCCCCGGGCCAAAGGUUGCCGACCGCUGCAUUAGUCAAAAUAAUUGUAUUCCGGUCGGCGUCAGCGUUGAACGUGCCUACGGUAUUGACACGCCAAGUGGAACCAUGUUUAGUACUGUAAAGUAUCAUUGUAUAGAACUUGCUGUGUAAACAAACCGCCAUAUUGAAAUCAUCAUUCAGUGACAAUUUUAAUAUGGCGGUUUGUUUACAUAGCAAGUUCCAUAGAAUGACAUUUUACUAGAUGGUGCUGCACGGAGCCAUAUAAUAUACCUAUUGGGAAUUUAAUAAGGAUCGUACGCGUUCAUGAGCCAUCUUGUGGCUUAAAUAAGAUUUAAUUAUGUACUGUAAAGUGCAGUGGCGAUACAGUUAUUAUGAAUAAUGCUCGUAUCUCGUAGUAAUCGCGCGGCUGUCAAACCCGCUUAUCGCUGUGAAAUAUUGCAAUGUGUAAAAAAGCCCUAAGCAGGAGACUCCUUUGUCACUCCGUACUCAUAAAGCUAAAUGCUGUACAGCGCCAUCUAGUUCAGUGCUAAAAAUGUACUCCCUUUGCUGCGUUUAGGUUUUUUUUGUUUUUGGUUACAAACAUGCAUAGUGCAUUUAUGGUGAUUUUUCUGAGCUUUCGACUUGUGUGGGCUCGGCAAGAGUUGGAAUAACACUGGCUCGCAACGCCGGCGACUUCGUGUCGGGGACAUUUUGUCAAUCGCCUAGCCUAAUGUUUGUAUUUUAAAUGGUGUUUGAAGCCGAUAUUGUAAACAAGCAGCUAACUUGUUAUGUACGCAACUGAAGAAGUGAACAAAACACAUUUCAGCCAUUAUGACCGCUUAAACAUUAUACAUUUGUUUACGUUGUUGGCUACUUCUGUCAAACACCAUUUGAGAGUUCAUGUAAGACCAUGGCUGGUCCUCUCAUGGCUAGUCCUCUCGUGGCUGGUUGUAUGAAUAUAAUAUUGUAUAAAUAACUAAAACGAUUGACGUUCAAGUUUACAUGUACUGUAAUCGUGUAAAAGGGGUCCAUAGGUAUACCGCUCAGAAAUAAAGUCAGAUCCAAUACUAACAACCAGUGGAAAGACACAAUGACUGCGUCCUGAAUAAGGCACCAAAUCAAAUAACAGGCCUCUUAAAUGAAUCUACUGAAAUAAAAUCGCUGGAAGGCAGGAGUAAAUUUACCUUAUCUUAUGUUCGAUAAUAUUUGUACCGUACAAGACAAUACAAAUGAGGAGUGUCUUUUCAUAAGGGCUUAUUUAUCUAUGAACACCAUAUAAAAAUAAGCCCUUUUGAAAAGACACUCUUCAAAUAUCUCUGUGAGACGCAGAAGCAUUCGUGGCGAGGUUGGUACCUAAAGCAAUAAAUCAAUACCAAAUGACAAGACAGACAAAAUGUUUUCGACAGCAACGUAGUCAAUGGGUGCUGCGUUUUCAAAUCGUUAUAAAAACUGUUAUAUUCGCCACGCAGUAUUACUCGUAAGUAGAUAAUACCUUCAUUUCGUCUGAACUAUGUCAAAAGCUCAAUGUUAUAGUUAUGAAGUGUCCUCUUAAAUAAUACAUACUCAUUACUUUAUCCAUGGUUACCCCUGUUUUUACAAACGUCUAUAUUUUUGGUCACGUCUUCCAAGGUUUUUUUUUACCUUCCUGAUUUAGCAGUGUAGCUAUUUUAUUGGACAUUCCAGAAUGUGUUUGCCUGUAUGAAAUGACAUGUAUUUUUUUACGGAACGUGAGAUUUACCCUUCUGAUUUUACUACAUGAAAUUAUGAAAAUAAAUUGUAGGUACAAACUAGGCUCCGUUUAAAACACAAUUAAAUUAUGUUUGGGCUUAAUGAUUAUAUUUAGUUUACGUUGCCAUUUAAUUAUUAUUUUUUUACAUUUUGAUGUAUUGAAUGUGUCAGUUAAGUAUGUUUUAAGUAUGCGACUGCAUUAUGUUAAUAUUGUAUUAAAUCAUAUGGCCGUGUUUUGGCAAACUAUUACCAACGGUAAUUAAAUAGCAUUAGAACGUGUGUAAACACAGAUACCUUCCAUCUUAUAGCUAGGAAGUGUGUUACAAUAAUUAGAAUUAAGCCUAGGAUGGUCGGAUGAAGGAGUUUUGAAUAUGCGAAUCCCACCCCUAAAGCUAGGUACCUGUAGAGAUUGGUUAUUGAUCAUGAGACUUGAGAAUCCUAGGCUUACGAUAAUUGUCUAGAGAGUAAUGAAUGAAGCACCAAAAUAAAGCCACGCGGUGCGAAGAGUUAGGACACGUUCCCUUUAGGCUCAUAAGUUGAGACUCAUUCAGCGUCCAAUACUAUUUACAGUACAGAUAUAGUAUACAUUUUAUGAGAUGAUUUUUUCGGCUCGUGCCCUAAUCUCUUAAACAAAAGCCUGUUUGUUUUAUGGAGAGGUGUUAGGCGGGUGCCAAAGCAACUAUCGUGAUAGUAUUAAUUAUCAAAUUUAUGUAACAGCUCAUUCUGAGAUAGAGUUUGGGUAGUGUAGGACAAUCGGUCGCCUGUUUGUGGCCUGUCAGGUAACACAAUGAGCUGUUACAUGAAUUUAAACCAUAUAAAUAGGACGGUAAAAUUGCUUUUUAAACGAAUUUGUUCCCGUUCAGUCAGUAGCGAUAGCAUUGAGCAUUGGUAACCGAUGCAGAAAAGAAACAAACAAACAGAUUAGGGCCUUAGCCGAAAAAAUCAUUCCAUAAAAUUCAUACUAUGUAUGUUAUACCAGUAGUACUCGGCCGACUAUGAGCCCAAUGUAACGUGGCCAUAGCUUUGCAAACUAGGUGGAGACGAGCAGCGGCUCGAUGCCUUCGGCAGCAUCAAUUUUGAAAAGUGAUAUUUUCAAGUAAUGUUUGUAAAUUAGUUAUUGUGAAUCUAUUUUUGUAGAUGCGCUCUCACAUUUGUAUAGUAUUUCCUCUCAACGUAUGGUUAGCUGGACGCGUUAUCACAUUAUUUCAAAACAGUGACAGCACAGAACAUGUAUUAGGAUUAUGGUGUAAUACUAGUUAAAAAUACGAGAUUAGAUUUUAUAGUUAUAUCUUUGCGGGUAAUUAUUUAUCUAAAUGGAGAAUGUAUACAAUGUAUGUAAUACUUAUACUUAAUUAUGAGAAUGGAGUUGUAAGUUGUUGCAAUCUUGCCAGGAGUUUGUGGCGUUUCGAUGUUUGAUGUUUUAUGGCGAAGUAUAAUAUAAACAUAUUAUAAUGUCAUUGUGAUAACGUUAGAUAUCGUGCUGUUGGUGCAGUGUCCUAAACAGUAUAAUUAUUACUUAAAUCAAUUUUACGUACCUAUUAUUACAAUUCGCUCAUACUUUUUUUUUUUGCAUAAUAUUUUUUCUUUUUUAAUUGUAAACUAGUUUAUGCAUGAUUUAUACCAAAACAUAUUGAAUUAGGAAUUUUACUUCAUGGCCUCUAUUAAAAUAGUAUUGUUAAAUGUACUUGUAAUAAUAGCACUUAUUGAAUAAGAUCUUAAAUCGUCAUAUUUCACUUUGUCCAAAUAUUGAUGUUGCAGUAAUGUUGAACAUAAUUAUCUCAUUCUAUUCAUUUUCAUAGUAAUCAUUAUAAAGUGAAUGGACCCCAUUGAAUCGCAUUUCUGGCAUACAAAGACAAUACCUAGAUCUAAUGUUAGUUACACGUAAGUUCAUGAUAAUUGUUCUAUCUUCAAGUCUCCUUAAUGUAAGUAUUUUGAAAGAAUAAUACAUUCAUUAAUGGUAUGAGGAUGUCGUGUUUUAAUGUUCGGUGUGUGGGACAAAGCACUCACUGGGCUGUAAGAGCGCGUCUACGCUGACUCAGCGGUCAGAAUUGACAAUUUAACCAGUAUAAACGCGCCUUAACAUCUCAUGUCGUCGGCUUACAUCGCAAACCUCGGAACUCCUCAGGGGGAGUUACGAGGUUUACGACUUAAGCCGACGAUGUUCCAAUUUUAAUCGAUGUAUGUACUCAAUCUCUAAACAAAGUCCUCCUAAAAUGAGUUUAAAAUGUUGUUAUGCGUAAAGUACGUAUUAUUGACCAGAUGAAUACCUAGUUGACUUUCGCUAAUAUUUAUCGUUGACUUAAAUCAUAUCCAUGGAAUGUUUGUUCAGUGUUGCUUUAUAUCCUCUAGUGUUCUACUUGGUACCCUGUAUUAUAUUAUAAUGGAUUGUUAUCCAGCUGACAUAAGUGCUGAGAAACCUAACGCGUAAAUACUUCACCACCACCAGGAAACUAUAGUUAACUAUAGUUAAAACACUUGUGCGCCAAGGUACCUACUACCUACAUAAUAUUAUUAUUCCUGUUCAUGUUACUGUAAUCUUAAAUAUGUACUGUAAUUUGUUAGAAUAAACUUGACGAUUUACGACAUGUAAUACAAAUUUAAUAUUGAUUUGUAUUAAAAUUUAUCCAAAAACUUAUUGCUCGUUUUCGCCUCCUAAUAAAAUGUUAACAAUUA